AUGGCCCCGCCCCGCGACGAUCAUCUUGAUCAUUCCAAAAACCGCAAGCCGGGGAUUCAAGGAAGCCGCAACGACAAUGAUGAUGUUGGCCGCAACCUCGAGGUCGCUCAGGUCACCGUUCCCAACCUUCCCGACGAUCUACUCUCAGGACAAGCACCUCCGCUUCCAGACCGUCGGGUCAACAGACAGCAGUCACAACCUUUCGAGGGCCAAAACCAUGUAAUAGCUGGGGCCGAAAAUGCAGGCCAGAGCAGUCAACCAAACAUCCCGUCGAGCUCUUCAGAGCGCCAGACGAGCGGCGGCUUCGAGGGGCUUUUGCAAGACAACAACAUCGGUAUCAUGAUCAGGACGCAAGAAAAUCUGGUUGCCCACAUCGAGUUCUUAACUGCGAGGACUAAGCUGGCCGAGGAGAGGCAGGCACGCGCUGAACAUGCACUAGAGGAAGGCAUCAGAUCAAGGAUCGACCUGAAUGAGAAGCUCAGGAAGAUUGAAAGUUUCCCAGAGAAUCUGGAAGAGACAAAGAAGGAGAACGAGGCCUUGAAAGAACAACUUCGGGACGCUCAGUCGCAUAUUUUCAGCCUGCAGCCGUAUCGGCAAGAUGUAACUCCCGAGGAAGUCGGGCGUCAAUACGCCGAUCUCGUCAAUGGUAUCAGUGACUGGGUUGCACAGUUCAUGUCCCCUUGGCUCGAUCACCAUCAAGAAAGUCUGGAGAUUAUAUUGAAUGGGCUACGUCAUCGGCCCGGGGAAGCGGCCAUGAUCAAGCACGCACUUUCCAAAAGUGCUGAUCUCGUCCACGCAACCAAGUAUCCCGACACAGACGAAGAUGUCGUGAUAUCUCUGAUUUUGCGACACCUUAAUGAUCAUAUCUUCCAAAAGACACUCUACGGUAUCUUUCCGGACCAAAUCCGUCUGCUCCAGGCAAUUGAACGCGCCAUGCAAGCUACCGAGCCAAAGCGAGAUCUUUUUGCUACUCGCACCUGGAUUGCCGAAGCGUACACAGCUCUCAUAAACAUGGACGAAUUCCGAUCGAAGCGCCAAAAGAGAGAGACAGAGAUCGCAGAGGACCUGGCCACGCUGCUGGGCAUCUUUUGCAGUCGUGAUCAGAUAGAUGGUUUCCGUGCGGAAUUCAUCCAACAAUGCGUCCGCCCCGCAAUGAACUUAUACGAAAAGAUCCUGAUUUCGACGCACAUUUUCUAUCUGGACCCUAUACCAUACGUGGCCUGGGUGCAUGGCAGCAAAGGCGACGUAGAGCUGUCUUCUAGCUUUUGGGAACACGUGGCUGAACACAAGCUGGAGUGUAAAAACGUUUUGCAGAAUCGCAAAAAAAUCGACCUCCGCAAGCUAAGUCCCGAGCCGACAAAGAGGGAGCUCUGUCAGAAUCUCGAAGUGGUAUGCAUGGUGGCACCGUCGAUGUGCAUGCGUCAAAUUGGCAGACAGAAUACUGUUAGAGAACCUGAUUUGGUAUGUAAACAGCAGAUGCUUGUCGCUUGGGGGUCUGUAGAGAAGCGAAUCAAGUUCAGAGGCGGUGACCAGACACUGAUCAGCGCCAUCUGGGAAGUCAACAAGCGUGAAAGCCGGGCUGGAUGUCGGUGGGCAUAG